GGAAAAGGCGUUACAGCUCUCGCAGCUUAAAAAAAAAAAAAAAUUCUGAAUUAUUGAGUGCGCCUGCUCGAAUGAAAUGCUUGUUAUCGUUCAUAGUGACAGUGUUGAGAGGACUUCAGUCCCUCUGGGUGUUUGUUUUUGGGGCUACAGGCAGCUCGGAAGUACCGGUCCGUAACCGUAUGCACUUUGAUGACAAAAGUCGACAGUUUUCAUGAGAAAACGCCUGUGACCUCCGGUUCUGCGAGAGGAAUGAUCAGGGGCUCUGCUCCGGCCCCGCUCCCGCGCCUGCCCUUGGUCAGAAACCGCUACCUACAACUUUGCCACUGCACAGUUGUGAAUAAAAAGAGUGGUGUUAAUUUAACUCCACAGAAAAUUUAAAUGUCUUCAGAAGACAAAGAGGCUCAGGAGGAUGAGCUGCUGGCCUUGGCUAGCAUUUAUGAUGAAGAUGAGUUUAAGAGAGCCGAGUCUGCCCAAGGAGGAGAAACAAGAAUUUGUCUGGAGUUGCCUCAAAACUUCAAAAUUUUUGUGAGUGGCAGUUCCACGGAGAGCCUCCGGAACAACGGAUUUGAAUACACCGUUUGCUUUCUGCCUCCCCUCGUGCUGAAUUUUGAACUCCCACCAGACUACCCCUCAACGUCCCCACCGGCGUUUACCCUCAGUGGGAAAUGGCUCUCCCAAGCCCAGCUCAGUGCUCUUUGCAAACACUUGGACAACGUAUGGGAAGAGAAUCGAGGCUGUGUGGUCUUAUUUGCCUGGAUGCAGUUUCUGAAGGAAGAAACGCUGAGUUACCUGAAUAUUUCCUCCCCAUAUGAGCUGAAAAUGUGCCACCAAGGGAGCAGGCAGAGUAAAACACCUUUGGUCCCUCUCGAUGCUGAGAAGGAUUGUGGGGGUGCAGCGGGCUCUGCCGCAGCCGAAGAGGAAACGAUCGAUGCAAGAGCUGUGCAGGAUGUGGAAUCGCUGUCGAGUCUGAUUCGGGAAAUCUUGGACUUUGAUCAGGCUCAGAGGAGGAAGUGCUUCAACAGUAAGAUGUACUUGUGCAAUAUCUGCUUCUGUGAGAAGCUGGGCAGUGACUGCAUGCACUUCAUGGACUGCAGCCACGUGUACUGCAAGGCCUGCCUGAAGGACUACUUCGAGAUACAGAUCAGGGAUGGGCAGGUCCACUGCCUCAACUGCCCCGAGCCCAAGUGUUCUUCUGUCGCUACUCCUGGCCAGGUUAAAGAGUUGGUUGGAGAGCAACUGUUUGCACGUUACGACCGCCUGCUGCUGCAGUCCACCUUGAACCUGAUGGCAGAUGUGGUGUAUUGCCCUCGCCCGGGCUGUCAGACGCCGGUCAUGCAAGAACCGGGUUGCACCAUGGGCAUAUGUUCCUGCUGCAACUACGCUUUUUGUACUCUCUGUAAAAUGACGUACCACGGGGUGUCUCCGUGUAAAGUCACUGCGGAGAAAUUAACGGAUUUGCGAAAUGAAUAUUUAGAAGCAGAUGAGGCAACUAAAAGAUUUUUGGAACAACGCUAUGGCAAACGAGUGAUUGAGAAAGCCCUGGAGGAGAUGGAGAGUAAAGAAUGGCUAGAAAAGAACUCCAAGUCCUGUCCUCGCUGUGGUACUCACAUAGAGAAACUUGAUGGUUGUAACAAAAUGACGUGUUCGGGCUGCAUGCGGUAUUUCUGCUGGCUCUGCAUGGGCCUGCUCUCAAGGGUGAACCCCUACCGCCACUUCAAUGACCCGUCGUCCCCGUGCUUCAACAGAUUGUUCCAAGCCGUGCAUAUUGAUGGUGACUUCCUGGAGGAUGAAGACGAAGACUAGUAGCUUUCUCUAGCAACAAAAGCUGAACAAACCAGAGACAGAUGCUUUCCAUUUCUGUGUCGAGUUUGCUUUUCACUUCCAUUACGUGAUAGACAAAUGAUAACUACCUUGCACUGCAGGAUACUCACGCUUCAGAGGCUGUUGCCAAAACCAAAGGAGACUGUUUUACCCAUCCCGUGACCAGGAUCACCACGGAAGGCCCUCACAAUCACAGCGACUGCUGAAGGCAGAUACAACCACUCAGAAGUUGGAAGACUGCUGGGAAAAUACAUACUAAGAGGUGCCCUUUUUUGAAAAAGCAAACAAAACUGAAGCUCCAAAUCUCAGAAAUGUUUGGGGGUUUUCUUUAGGGGGACUGACUUUUCGAGGAUCUCGGCUCAUGUCCGUUGGGGGUUUUCAGGCAGUUUCACGGUAGCUGUAGUGCUCUUUCUGGAGCUGUUCAGGGGUGCUGCUUGGACAGGGAAAGGUUUCUGAUACAAUGCAGAAAAUUUCUUCUGUAUUCAGCACCUGAGCUUAUUGCUUCUUUAGCAUUUCCUGACCCGUUUCUCUGGAAAGCCACUGAUCGCUCUGUCAGUGAUACUUUCUAAUGAUGGUAAUGCUAAUUAUCCCUACACCCCGUACUGGCUGUGCUGCCUGGGUCUUGGCAUUACCGAGUGCUUUGGCAGAAAACGACCAGCGGCCAUUUCCAGAAAUUUGAAUCUGCUUGAUGACUCAUCUCGGUGUUGCUGUUGUAUUCACUCACGUUGCUGCUCCUUAUUUUGACAGUGGUGAGCGCUAAGGCAGCGACCCCAGUAUGGGGCCAGUGAGAGGAUGAAAAGUAUCAGUCAGCUGUUGAAACAAAUUGUUGUGGAUACAAUAGUUGAGAUUAACUUGAAUUCUUCAACAUAACCGAAAAUUAACUUGUUUUCUCAGAUGAUGAAGUAAUUUAUUUUUUACUAACAUUUGAUUAGUUGAUAGUUUUGCUUCUGGACUAGAUACCUUGUUUCUACUGUCCCUGCACUUCAAAUUAUUUCAAAACCAAAUUGUUCCCCCUAAAAGCUCAGUAAGUAGUUUUGCGAGCGUGAAAGUUAUUACUGGAGGGAACCAUUAAUUUUUUAGAAGUUUUUCCACUUGCAGAAUGGUCUAAAAUUUAUUUUGAAAUUAAAACUGCAUGUGCUGUGUUCAAAACAAUUAGCAGGGACUGGAUGGAUAGCUCAGGAGCUGGAAGACACUUCAGAAACUCAAGGUGAACACCUCUCAGUUUCAGCUGUUAGUAAAUAAAUUUAUACUUGGGUAUCUGGCCAGAAUGAGUGCUGAUUUAGUUACUUUCCCCGGGGAUGGAAGUCUCUAUUAUUAGAGUUGGCAGCGAUUAAACAGAUAAGAGAGGUUAAGGGUGGAUCUCGUGUCUUGGUUUAGAGUAUAGGGUAGUGUGUAGGGAAAGUUUACAUUGUUUAUGGUUUAAAUUGUAUUUCCUGCACCUUUCACAUGCACUAAAUUCACUUUAAGACAGUAAACAGA